CAGCAACAACAACAGCAGCAGCAGCAGCAAAUGCAGCAGGCUGUCCCCCGCGAGGCACCCUCGCCUCUUCUCCUCGCCACAUCACCCUCUUGUCUGCCUUCACCCACAUAUCUCUCCAUCUCUGGCACAACCCCAACAAUCUCUCCCUCGCCGUCUCCUCUCCUCUCUGCGUCCUCCUCCUCCACCGGCCUCUCGUCAUCCUACCAGCGGCACCAGCUCAAAUCGCGAAACCCGACCCUCAGCAUGGCGAUGCCUCCGUCUCCUCGCUUCCCCGCUUCGGCUUUCUCCAGAGUAUACGGCCAAAAUCCCAUCUCCGAUAUCUCCUCCGACACGACCCCGUACCUGGUCCCUGUGGGCUCACCUUCCGGCCCCGUCACCCCCAUGCAACUCGCAGACGAAGAGUUCCAGUUCCCGGUCGCCGGAACCUCUCCUCUAACCACACCAUCAUACCCCACUCCCGGCAUAUCCGCUUCUGCAUCUCAAUCCAACCUGCAAUCCAGUCUCGGCUGGCGACAACGACAACAGACAAUCAGCAAACCUUCCCCGUCAAACGCCUUCCAGCGAGGCUCAAAGUACAGUCAAUCUGCCUUCUCACGAACAACAAACACAGUCAACAGCAACAACACCGGCCCAGGAUUCACAACCACAUCUUCCUUCCUGACCGCUGCUCUCAACGCGAGCGCGUACGCUGCCGACGUUAGCCAGCUUCGACGACAACCCAGCAACGGCGCGAGCAGCUCCAACAACGCGAGCAUCUCCGCCGCUGCUGCCGCCGCCGCUGCAACGGCCGCCCUACCCAGCGCCAGCUCUUACUUGGCAUCCAGCUCUCCUUCUCCUCUAGCAUCACCAAGAUCCCCUUGGUCUCCCUCGUCGCCAGCAAUGUCUGACGGCGAUGUCGAGGAGAUGGAAGAUCUUCGAAUGGACGGCGUAUGAUUGCCAUCCCUGAUAUCUUUAUGGCCAUGGUUUAAUGUUUUUGUUGCUUCAUCGGGUUUUUGUUCAAUAUUAUGGGUGUGGUUAGGGAGAGCAAGCAGCAUUUAUCCAGGUUUAUUUCAUUCCUUUGAUCUCAUUUUUCUAUUUCAUCAAUUUUUUAGUGUCUUUUUUUUUGUUUUGGCAUCGGUGCACUCACGGAUUAUUUUGCUACUUACAUUAUUACAUAUAAAUCACUAAACAACUCCAAAUGAGUGAAAUCUAUAUUGUGUUGGAUAUCGGGCAGCUCUACGAAAAGAAACAAUCAUAACUUGUUUUUGUUCAUUCUAGCAGGACUUUGGGAGUGCAUGUAUUUGUAUAGUUUUCUAUUUGCCCUACUUAUGCGGGAUGAUUUUAUCGCUAUAUCAGCUCGCUUCUUUGUUUCUCUCUUUUGUCUAUAUGUCAAUAUACUUCUGAAUAUCGCGGACUUUGGGUGACUGUUACAUUAAUUCUAAUAUACAA